AUGUUAAAGCAAAAUAACCAUGAACAAACUGAAUUGCCAUUCAAUCCACGGAACAAAGGAGAUAUGAAGUUAAAUGAAGACGAUACUUGUGAACGUAUACAAAUGGUAGGAGUUGCAAGACGUUCGAUCGAUGUUGUGGAUAAACCGAUAAUGAGAAAUGAGAAUCUGGUAGAAAAUGUUAUGCAAAAAUUCUUUUUAACGGAUUUGAACAUACUUGACAACGGCAAAAAUGAAAGCAAUCCGCUUAAAGGAUAUGCUAAUACGCCUAUAUUACCACUUUCAAAAGCAUGUGCUCCAUUACAGAAACAUCUUCAUAAUUUAUCAUACUAUGUUGAUAUGGCACUGGAAGAUACACCCGAACAACCGCUAGAUGGACUGACCAUUGAUGAAAGUGCUGCAAUUCGUCUUUAUACAAUUGAAUGGGAUGCGCCACAUCAUAGUCUUUACUCAAUGCUUAAUUUUCAUCUAAAAACAACUAAUCGUCAAGAGCUUUUACCGUAUUUCAAGUAUUUGAAAUUAUUUAUAAGUGCUCUAACUAAAUUACAAUGUGUUCCAUCAUUGACUGUCUGGCGAGGUGUUACAAAGAAUUUGACUGAAGAUUUUCCAUUAGGUAGUAGAGUAACAUGGUGGGCAUUUUCAUCGUGUACAACUGAAAUGACUGUACUAGAAAACAAUAUGUAUUUGGGUCGUGAAGGUGAUCGAACACUCUUCUCAGUCGAAGCUAUCAAUGGUCGUUCAAUACGUGAUCAUUCACAUUUCGUUACUGAAGAUGAAAUUCUUCUUCUUCCUGGUACACAUAUGGUAGUUCAAUCACAACUCAGUCCAGCACCAAACCUUUAUAUCAUUCAUUUGAAACAAAUUAAACCUGAUGAAGAAUUAUUAGAAUUACCAUUUGAAGGUGCACAUAUUUUUCCAAAAGAGAUGCAUCCUUGGUAUUGGAAGAAGAGAUUUUCAAUUCCAAUGAUCUUUUUAAUAAUUUUAAUUAUUACGGGUGUUAUUAUUGGUGCUGUUCUAGGAACACGAAAGAGUUUUAUUCCGAAUGUGCUACCAUGUACUAAUCCGUUCGAAUCAUUUGGUUCUAUCAAUGCUGGAGAAUAUCCGAGUUCUAUCGUAUUGGCUCACUUUACAAACGAUACUUAUCUUGAUGCUGCAAUAACAGUUGCCAAUGAGAGUAGUGUCAUUAUCUAUUUAGGUGAUCCGACAAAUAUUCUUCAUAGUUCAAAGAUUAUUACUGGUGAACAACCUGUGUCUAUUAUCACCACCGAUUUCAAUAAUGAUACAAGAAAAGAUCUAGCAAUCGUCAAUAGUGGUGACAACACCAUCAUUGUAGCUCUAGGAAUAGGCAAUGGGCUUUUUCAAAGUAAAAACACUUAUUCAGUAGGCAGCUCGCCAUCUAGUAUUCUAUCAGAUGAUUUUAAUAAUGAUAAUAAAUUGGAUUUAAUCGUAGUAAGUCAAGAUAGUAAUACCGUUAACGUACUACUUGGUGAUGGACUGGGAAACUUUAUAGUUUCGAGUAAUAAUUCAGUUGGCUAUUAUCCAUCUUUUGCGAUUUCAGCUGAUUUUAAUAAUGAUAGUAAAUUAGAUUUGGCAGUUACUAAUUCAUUUGAUAAUACCAUCAGUGUCCUUCUGGGUUAUGGCAAUGGUAGUUUUCUAAAUCACAUGACAUAUGCUACUGGCUUGUAUCCAACAUUUCUGAUUUCGGACGAUUUUAAUAAUGAUAAUAUUUUAGAUAUAGCAGUAACCAAUAAUAAGAACAAUACGAUUAGUAUCCUCCUCGGUAUAGGAAAUGGAAGUUUUUAUAGUCAAUACACAUAUACAACGGGUUCCUCUCCGAUUUGCUUAAGAUCCGCUGAUUUCAAUAAAGAUAACAACAUAGAUUUAGCAAUAAUUAAUAGUGACGAUAACAACAUUAUUAUAUUUUUUGGCUAUGGUAAUGGAACUUUUGCAGAAGAAGCCACAUAUGCAACUGGUAAUUAUCCAGUUUAUUUGGUAUUUGGUGAUUAUAAUAAUGAUAGUAAUAUAGAUUUAGUAGUAGUUAAUAAUGGGGCCGCUACUAUUAGUCUGUUUACUGGUCGAGCAAAUGGUACUUUUGUAUUUGUGCAAUCGUAUGGUACCGGUAACUCGCCAAUAUCUCUCACUGUCGCAGACUUCGAUAGUAACGGCAUAUUAGAUUUUGCAGUGGUGGAACAAACUGACAAUACUGUUAGUGUUUUACUUGGUAAAGGGAGUGGCGUUUUCCAGAUUGCGCUUAAUUAUACUGUUGGAAAAAAUCCAUCGUUUAUAAUCUCUUCUGAUUUUGAUAAUGACAAUAAUCAAGAUUUAAUCAUUGCCAAUUCUGAUGCAGAUAGCGUUAGUGUGCUUUACGGAAAUGGUGAUGGUUUUUUUCAUCCUCCUCUAAGUGUUACAGUUGGUAGUUUACCAUCUUCCUUGACAUCGAUUGAUCUUAAUAAAGAUGGAUACAUAGAUUUGGUAGUUGUCAAUAAUGGCGAAAAUAAUAUUCGUAUACUUCUUAAUGAUGGUAAUAAAACUUUCUAUAUAUACUCUAAUUACUCAGUUGGGAAGUCGCCGUCUUCGAUCGCAUCAGCUGACUUUAAUAGAGAUGGAAAUAUUGAUUUGGCCGUGACCAGUAAAGAUGAUGAUAUUGUCAGUGUGCUAUUUAAUCGUGGUAACGGUAGUUUUUAUACUUCAGCUAACUAUACAGUUGGUAAAUCACCCUCUUGUGUUAUAUGCGCUGAUGUAAAUAAAGAUACAUAUGGAGAUUUAAUAGUGGCUAAUUACGGUCAAAAUACAAUUAGCGUUUUAUUCAAUAAUGGAGCUGGAAUUUUUUACAAUAUAAGUACUUUCAUAGUAGGUAGAUAUCCGACUUCUCUAGUAGCCGUUGAUUUCAAUAAUGAUGAAUAUUUGGAUUUGGCAGUUGCUAAUAGUGGUAGUAACAGCGUAAGUGUACUGUUAGGCAUUAGUAAUGGCACUUUUCACUCUCAAAUUAAAUAUACUCCUGGUAUAUUUCCUACUUCGAUUGCAUCUGGUGAUUUAAAUAAUGAUCAGAAACCAGAUCUCAUUGUAACAAAUGGUAAAUCGAACGAUGCAUAUAUUUUUCUGAAUAACUGUCCGAAAUAA